CAAAGCUUGAAGCAACCAUGAAACAUGAACUUGAUAGAGUCCGAAAACCCAUGGAAGAGGCUUAUGAGGCUUUUGAAAAAUGUCUUGUUGAGGGGGUUGAAAAAUCAAAAAGUUGAUGUGAAGGAAACUUGAAGUCCAUCUUACAUCCUAAAAACAAAUCAAAUGCAGCUUUUCACAGGACACUGAGGUGUAUAGUUGAGAAAAAAGGCACCCACAAACCAAAAAAAGGGAAGCAAAUAAAUAUCAACAUGAAGUUAAGUUCACGCCUGACUAACAGCAUUGAUGAAAACUUCAGGAGGACCUUCCCAAAUGACGCAAAAUGUGGACCAUUCAACGGAGUCAUCAAAACAUUUUCACUUGACACACAGAAGUUGAUUCCAAAGUAUAAAGAUGUCGAACUGCAACUGAUUUUUCUUCAGACAGAGGAGGAAAAAAUUAAGACAAGAGUCAACAAAAUUAUCCAGGAAAGUAAGAAAACAAUUUACAACAGUCUGAUCGAGACAAUCGAGAAAGAAAUGCAAGACUGCUACACAAAAGCAGCAAAAUUUAGAGGACAGGACACGCUGAAAAACAUGAGGGACACUAUUGAGAAGCAUGUACAUGACUCAAAGGACACUAUGUUUGACAUGGCCAAAAAUGAGAUGUUGAGACAACUGGAUGAACUGAAGACGUUCAUCCUGGAGGAACUGGAGAGAACUCUGAAGGGAUCAAUUGAGCUGUCACUCAAAACAGAUGAUCACUCAAUCCCAGAUUUUUCAUUAGAGCUUGGCAUGGUGAAGAGAUAUUAUGAUGAACUGAAGUCCUGCAUGGAUGAAGAAAUGUCAUCAGUAAGCAGCUGCACUGAGUCCAUGACAUGGGAACAGGUGUUUUAGAUUUGCUCAGUGGAAAGAAACAGCAGAGGCCUGAUCACCUACUGAAUGUCCCCGCAGACAUGAGGUCUCUGGAUUUGUGCGCAGCUAUUUUUAUCAAGUUAUUAUCUUUGUUCUCUUUGAGUGGUGGUUUGUUAUGUACUUUGACUUUGUUUUUUUGUGAAUUAAUGUAGAGAGAUUUUAGAUUUUUUUGGUCUGAUAUUAUUGACAUUAACUGAUGAUAGUACAGAGGCAGGUGGCUGACAUGUGAAGGUCUACAUGGUACUGGUCUCUGCCAAUGCCCCAGAGGCUUUGUGUUUUUAAUGAUUUAAUAGUUUUUUUUUUCUGUCCAUGACUUUAUUUUGUGACUCAAGUGUUUGAUGAUUGGGAUAGGAGUACCACUGAUUAUAUGGCUGUUUAAAUGAAACCUUGAACCUUGAAUAAAUGAUUUGAUUGUGGGUUGGAUUUCUCAA